GCUUGGCAUGUCGAACAAGUGAAUCCGAGCCUGGAUGAAUUAUGUCGAACUGCAGGUCAUCGCCUGUCCUGCGGCCGUCUUGGUUUAGGGAUCCUUGCUCGGACCCAGCAUCCGAAGAGGGGCUGGCUAGUUCAGCAAGCCAGGUUCUCAAACUAUUUAACAUCGCUUCAUCGCCAAUUAGUGGCGAUCAAAUCCACAAAGUAAACUGUCAUCAAUUCUAAUCAUGUUGAACCUCACGAAUGUACUGCUCAUUCCGCCUGCGGCGGGUGCCCUUCAUGUUGGGUACCGGUACCUGCAAUCCUACCUGGAAGCGGAGCGCGUCCGCAAGCUCGAAAACACUGAGGAUCCGCCAAAGGCUCCGAAUCAGGGUAUCUUUGGCAUCAAUGUCUACCGAGACAUGGCAAGGCACAAAGAGGAGCACGUAUUUCUUCAGAAAAACCUCGAACGCUACGAUGAACUCGGUGACACCUACACGUCUGACAUGUUCGGCCGCACAUACAUCGACACCCGUGACCCUGAGAAUAUCAAGGCCAUCUUGUCUACGCAGUUUGAACAGUUUUCUCUUGGAGAUUCCAGACUUGACGCUUUCUACCCCAUGCUGGGAGAAGGAAUAUUCACACAUGUAUACGGCGGUGGUCCCAAGGGGGAGCCAUGGAGACAUUCGCGUGCGGUGCUUCGACCCCAAUUUGCGAGACACCAAAUACAGGAUCUUGCAAAGCUAGAGGAGUUCGUUCAGAAUCUUAUCAGUAGAAUACCCAGAAACGAAACGUGCGAUCUCCAAGAGCUUUUCUUCCGACUUACUCUGGAUACCGCAACUGAUUUCCUGUUCGGCGAGAGUGUGAAUAGUCUCCUUCCUGAUAGUCCUCCAAAGGAGACGCAAUUUUACCAUGAUUUUACUCGGGGUACAGAAAUCUGCAUGUUGCGCACGCUGCUGGGAGAUCUGUAUUUCCUUCAGAAAGACAGCAGCGAAUUCAAGCGAGUUUCUGCUUUUGUUCAGGAGUAUAUCGACAGAUUUACACACAAAGCCUUGGAGCUCCACGCUGCUGGAAAGCCUACGUCAUAUGAUUCAAAUGGCAAAUAUGUCUUCCUUGAGGAAAUUUCCAAGAGCAUCAGAGACCCAGUCCGGCUGCGAUCAGAACUGCUCAACAUUCUCCUUGCUGGAAGAGACACCACGGCGAGUCUUCUCUCCGCUUGCUUUCACCAGCUUGCACGGCAUAAGGAUGUCUGGGAUGAACUGAGAAAAGAGAUUAUGGACAAUGUCGGCGACAGGUUGCCUACCUAUGAGGAUAUCAAGUCUUUGAGGUAUCUGCGAUACGUGCUUAAUGAAACACUCCGUUUAUUCCCAGUCGUCCCAUGGAAUGGGCGUCAAGCCGUUGUAACAACAACCCUGCCCCGCGGUGGUGGCCCGGAUGGAAAAAACAAAAUUCUAGUAAAGAAGGGUACCUUCGUCCUCUACUCAACCUGGGGCCUCCAUCGCAGUAAAUUCUACGGCGAAGAUACGAACGAGUUUAGGCCGAGCCGAUGGGAAACGAUACGGCCAGGGUGGAAUUAUAUCCCAUUCAACGGUGGGCCUAGAAUAUGCUUGGGCCAGCAAUACGCCUUAGUUGAAGCCUCAUAUGUGAUUACCAGGCUUCUCCAAGUUUUCAAGGAUAUUGAGAACCGAGAUCCUGUACUGCCUUUUGUCGAGCACACGACUCUUACACUCUCGAGCGAACACGGGGCCAAGGUUGCGCUCACACCAGCCUGAUCCCAUGCAUAUUAAUGGACGACGUUGAGAAUGUGGUAUAUGUAUCGACACCGGGGAUUCACUUUGUAGGUCACGGUAUGGUAUGGUUUGAAAAUUUGGGGAAUUUACUAAUUUGAAUUUUUCUAUAUUUUCGUUCAUCUAUCUUACGAGAGAGUGACAUAUGUACUGUACAUGUAUGGGUAAAACGUAUAUAGGACUGCCAAUCUAGCUCGAAUUACCUAGCUGAUCCUGUGUGUAGAUAUAUAUAUAUAUAUAUAUAUAUAUAUACACACACAUGUCUGUCAAUCCUCAGUUAACGAGAGCGGAGAACACAUACAGCGUGAUAUCGCAAAUCUGUUGAAGCGAAAACAUUGGUCUGUUGUCCGUUGUCCUGAAAUGAGUCAAACAGCGGAUGAAGCCAGCACCCGACGUAAAGGCAAUAAUUGACAAUUGAUGUUGCGGAGGAAAUUAUGCAGCACUCGAAACGAAAUGCCAGUCGCUGAAAUGAGGAUCAUCGCUAGGUUCUCAUUGCGGAUGAAGGAAUAUAUCGUGAUAGGAACGCCUUUUAUUCCCAUACAAUUGAUCGAUCCUGUUCUCAGUGAUGUCGUAAGUUGUUCGCACUAUUUGCAACAAGAUUCCCUAAUUGUCGUAGGUUAAAACGCCUCCAAUUGUGCAUGAGAACCCUCAAAAUAAACGCCAGUAACGCGGUACUAUAGAAAGUUGAAUUAAAAUGCGCUAGAAUUAGGUGUUCUCCGUUGCGCCCGAUGGCGGCGGUCUCUGAGCCGUAAAGACAUAACUAUAGGGCGCAAAUUAACCAUUGCUCUUCGCCUCCAUCACCCGAGAGAUAGAGAGAGAGAACGUACAAAUCCAACUUUGC